AUGACACUUGUUGUCGAUGCUCACGUCCAUCUCUGGACAGCUAGUCGUCUACAGCAUCUACGUUGGCUCACUUCUGACUCGUCCCUCAACAAGGCUUGCACGCUCGCUGACUAUGCCAAGGAGUUUCCUGCUCAGGUUGCUGUAUUUGUAGAGUGCGAUGUCUUUGAAUGCAAGGAUGAUAGCUAUGCUCUUGCCGAAAUUGAGGAAGCAUUGGCCUUUGCAAAAGAAGAAGGACCCACCAAAGUAGGAGCCAUUGUUGCAUGGGCUCCGAUGCUUGCGUCACAAGCAGAACUUGCUGCUUAUCUAGACAAGGUCGAUGCGACAACACACAGGGCAGGGCUCGCUAUCGUACGAGGCUUCAGGUAUCUAUUGCAGCAAAAGCCUCGUUCCAUCUCACAACAUCCUCACUUACGCAGCAACCUUGUAUUUCUCGAACGUCGAUGGCCCAAGUGCGUCUUUGAGCUUGGCAUUGACGUGCAUCGAGAUGGAGUGCAAGUGCUUGACGAUGCACUAGUCUUGGUCCAGACUGCACCUGGCAUCAGUUUUGUCAUUGAUCAUCUCGCCAAAGCAGACUUGACGCAAGCAAGCAUUUCAGAAGCUUACAAGCAGGGCAUGAAAGCUCUAUCCAAAUUUCCAAAUGUGCACGUCAAGAUCUCUGGAUGUUUGACGGAAGUAGAGGUGUCAGGGAGCUUUGAAGAGGUGCUGGAGCAAAGUCCCCUCGUUGCCCACCUUUCAUUCCUUCUCAAGACAUUUGGCUCCAGCAGACUCAUUUGGGCGACACCUCGUUCAACGUUGGUUUGA